CCCCCAAGCUGAAGGGACCCUUCCCCGUGCUGAGGGGCCCCCCGUGCGUGUCUCCUGCAGACUGCAGACCAGCAGUCCAGGACGCCUUCAGCGAUGAGCUGCAGUCCUGUAAGGAGCGCGUGCACGGCCGGGUGAGGCUCUGCAUCGAGGAGGCCAUGAAGGAGUACGAGGAGGAGGAGAGUUUGAAGCACCUGGGACCCCACGGAGGUGUACGAGUCCUUGCCUGAGGUGUGAGGUGUGGUCAUGCGGAUGAUGUCACGGACCCGUGGGAGGCCGCUGGCAGGGGCCACGCCCCAGGGGCCCGGGGUCCACCUUCUUCUCUUCUGGACGAAGGAGGGGGAACGCUAUCUGUCACACAGGGAGGGGCAGGUGACAGCUGAAGACCUGUCAAUCACUGCAGCCCAGCAUGUGGGUAUCACGCCUCUGUGCCACAGUCUGUUUGCGCUGUAUAACCCCUCCUCCCACUGCUGGUACAGCCCCAACCACACCUUCACCCCCGAGAAGGAUCUGCGUCUCAUCCUGCACUUCCGCAUGAGGUUCUACUUCAGGAACUGGCAUGGGAUGAGUGAGAAGGAGCCGGCGGUGUUCCGGUUUGCUCCACAGUCGACUCGGGCGGGGCCAGGGGGAGGGGUGUGCGGCGGGACAGAGCCAGCCGGGACUCCCCUCCUGGAGCAGCCUUCCCUGGAGUACCUCUUUGCUCAGGCUAAAUUUGACUUUGUGAAUGACGUGGCGCCGCUGCCGGAGGCCCAGGGUGGGGAGGAGCUCAGCCGCUUCAAGAACGAGAGUUUGGGGAUGGCUGUGCUGCACCUGUCCCAUCAGGCACUGCUCUCAGGACGCACACUGCAGGAAGUGGCCAAGAAGACCAGUUUCCUGCACUGCAUCCCACAGUCCUUCUCUGCGCAGAUCCUUCGGGACAGCUUCCUGACGAAGCUGCGCAUUCGGCGCGUCUUCAGCCAGUUUGUGCAGAGUUUCCAGCUGCACACGGUGGCCGCAGGCCGGCUCAGCCUGCAGGACCUGAUGUACAAGUACCUGUCCACCCUGGAGCACCUGGCACCCCACUUUGGCUCCGAGAUCUUCAAGCUGAGCCACCUAACGCUGCAGUGUGAGGGGGGUGGGAGCGGCAGCUGCCCCGCCAGCCAGGACUUCACACAUCAGCUCAUGGUGUCAGGCACCGGGGGCAUCCAGUGGCGACCGCUGCCACACAGCAAGGCCCCCAGAGCCCGGGAGAACAGCUACCUUGGCAGUGGUAACCUGGGAAACCGAAAGCAAGGGAAGUCCAUCCCUCCUGCCCAGGAGAGUGACGCCUCGUCCAGGUGGAACUUCUUCUGCGACUUCCCUGACAUCUCCCACAUCAGCAUCGCUGACGCCAGAGUGUCCAUCAGCCUGCAGGACAACACCUCCAUGGAGGUGUGUCUCCACUCCAGUGCGGAAGCGCGCUCCUUGGUCUCCCUGCUGGAUGGAUAUUUCCGGCUGACCGCUGAUGCUCACCAUUACCUGUGUCACGAGGUGGCUCCGCCCAGAGUGGUGCUCAGCGCAGCCAAUGGCCUGUACGGACCCAUCCGGGAGGACUUUGCCCUGCUGAGACUGAAGAAGGAGUCUGCAGAGGAGGGUGUGUUUCUGCUGCGGUGGAGCGUUCUGGACUUUCACCGCGUCAUCCUGACGGUGCUCAACAAGAGCCAGAAUGGAGCCGGUUGGACACACAGGCAGUUCCGGAUCCAGCAGCAGGGGGCGCUGUUCAUUCUGGAAGGCUGGGAGCGUCAGUUCAGCAGCAUCAGGGCGCUGAUAGACAGCCUGAAAACCUGCCUUCUGAAGUCAGGCCAGGACUGCUUCACUGUGAGGAAGAACUGCCUUCCCAGAGCGGCAGAACUCUCAGACCUUAUCGUGGUGAGACGAGGUGUCAAGUUCAGCUCUCGGGCUGAUUCAACCUCCCUGGACUUGAGCCAGCUGCGUUUCCAUCAGAUCAGAGACAAAGAGAUUACACAGGAGCAGCAUUUGGGGCGGGGCACCAGGACCAAUAUCUACUUGGGUUGGUUGUCGGUUCGAGGCGGCGCGGAGGAGGGGGAGGACUGUGGCUUCGGUGAUUGGAGCAGCAGCCACAGCAGCAGCAAAGGAAUCCGUGUGGUGCUGAAAAUACUUGACCAGAGUCAUAAAGACAUUGCGCUGGCUUUCUUUGAGACGGCCAGUCUUAUGAGCCAGGUGUCUCACAGUCACCUGGUGUUCGUCCACGGGGUGUCCGUCAAAGGAUCUGAGAACAUCAUGGUGGAGGAGUUUGUGGAGUUUGGGCCCCUGGACGUCUUCCUGCGGAAGGAGAGGGGUGUGGUAACACCUCAGUGGAAAUUUACUGUCGCUAAACAGCUGGCCAGUGCCCUCAGCUACCUGGAGAAUAAGCAUCUGGUGCAUGGAAAUGUCUGUGCCAAGAACAUUCUGGUGGCGCGGAGGGGUCUGGAGGAGGGCACCACGCCUUUUGUCAAACUCAGCGACCCAGGCAUUGCCGUCGCGGCUCUCUCCCGGGAAGAGCGGGUGGAGCGGAUUCCCUGGAUCGCUCCGGAGAGCGUGGCGUGUGGCCGCCUGGGCAGCACGGCGGAUCAGUGGAGCUUCGGAGCCACGCUGCUGGAGAUCUGUAAUGAUGGAGACCUGCGUAUGAGCGAAAGCACCCUGGCAGAGAAAGAGCGUUUUUACGAGACACGCAGCCGCCUCCCGGAGCCUUCGUCGCAGGAGCUGGCCAGCUUCAUCAGCAUGUGCCUGACCUACGAUCCUGCGGAGAGACCGUCCUUCCGCACCGUCCUCCGGGAGCUGACCGAGCUGCAGUGCAAGAAUCCUGAUAUCUCCUCCAAGUGCGAGGCUGUCCCAGAAGCAGACCCCAGUGUCUUCCUCAAACGCUACCUGAAGAAGAUCCGUGAUCUGGGAGAGGGGCACUUUGGGAAGGUGAUGCUGUAUGUGUACGAUCCUGCUAAUGACGGGACGGGCGAGUACGUGGCAGUGAAAGUGCUGAAGCAGGAGGGAGGAGCUCAGCCCCAUGACGGCUGGAGAAAGGAGAUCGACAUCCUCAAGUCUCUCUACCACAACAACAUCGUCAAAUACAAGGGCUGCUGCUCCGAGCUGGGUGGACAGGUGGUGCAGCUGAUCAUGGAGUACCUGCCACUGGGAAGCCUGCGAGAUUACCUGCCCAAGCACCGCCUGGGCGUGGCACAGAGUCUCCUCUUUGCUGAGCAGAUCUGCCAGGGGAUGGAGUAUCUUCACUCAAAGCGCUACAUACACAGAGACCUGGCUGCACGCAAUGUGCUAGUGGAGAAUGAGAACCUGGUAAAAAUUGGAGACUUUGGUCUCAGCAAGUACAUCCCUGAGGGCGAGGUGUACUACCGUGUGCGGGAAGACGGAGACAGCCCUGUGUUCUGGUAUGCCAUUGAGUGUCUGAAGGAGAGCAAGUUCUCGUUCUCCUCCGAUGUGUGGUCCUUCGGUGUGACGCUGUACGAACUGCUGACGCACUGUGACCACCGGCAGAGCCCCCCCACAAGGUUCUUUGAAAUGAUGAGACCUGUCCAGGGGCAAAUGACAGUGAUGAAGCUGAUUGAUUUGCUGGAGAGACGCAGAAGACUGCCCUGCCCCAGAGACUGUCCCCACCAGGUGUACCUGGAGAUGGAGCGCUGCUGGGAUGUGGACCCAAGCCGACGGCCCUCCUUCACAUCUCUCAUCUCCUCUCUGGGGGACAUUCGCAAGACCUACCAACAGCAGCCCAUGAUCCGGCUGGCUCAGAUAAACCCCAGCUGACCAGACCACACCUCGACACCGGCCCAACCGCAGCCUGUAACGGCACUGUACUUUACACUGAAGCAGAAAGUAUGGACUAUUGCUUUUCACUUAAUUUCCGCUCCCCAAAGAACAGCAGUGUUUAUUACAAAUGCAACCCUGGGAGUCUGUUAAGCAGGGUGCUGGUAUCACUGGGUUAGGUUGAUCUGUACUGAAUGGAAUAUAGGUGCUGGUAUCACUGGGUUAGGUUGAUCUGUACUGAAUGGAAUAUAGGUGCUGGUAUCACUGGGUUAGGUUAAUCUGUACUGAAUGGAAUGUAGGUGCUGGUAUCACUGGGUUAGGCUGAUCCUUAAUGCUGUGUGCAUGUGGAUUUCAGAAAUACCUGUGUGUGAACGGGGUUACUCUGUCGUGGGACUCAUUCCUUAAGUGUGACAGGUGGUUGAUCAAUCAUUUGUAAGAUAUCUUGUUGCAGUCAUGUUGCUAUCUUAAUGCUGUCACACUGAUGGCCUCUAUACAACCACUGCCUUAAAUAUGCCCUCCAUAAAUGAUGUCAUCAUUGAUUUUAUAUUUGUUUUGAAUGUGAUUCCACAAAUGAUCUGAGUGGGAUGUGGCCGUACACUUUAAAGGCUCUUAUGAACGAUGAGAGCACUCCCACUGGACACACAUGAAGAAGGCCCUGCGCUUACGGCUGAAACAGAGGCAGCCGCCUCUCCCACAUGGCCUGGCCGGUCCUGUAGGGCCAUGCCCCAAGUGUAAUUUCAUCAUGAAAGUGUGCUUCAUUUUAUUUAUGUUAUUAUUUUUAUCACAUAUUUUCUAUGUUUGAGUG